CACAGGCUCCGGGUGUAUUAUUUCCUGUUUACAGGCGGGAAGAGUGAACCCUUUACUGCAAUUUUGCCUUUGAGCGUUUCCGUGUCCCGCACGCUGAGGAUUUGUUUGUGAAAAAAAAGAAAAGAAAUUAUAUUUUCUUCACCCCCCCCCACCUCCUCCUUUUCCCAGCGGUUAGAAGAUGGCGGCGUUGGCGGAGGCGGGGGAGCCGGACCGGGACCGGGACCAGGACCAGGACCAAGAGCAGGAGCAGGAGCAGGACCGGGACGGCCCGACGGCCGGGGCUGCGACUGGACCCGGCGGCGCUGCCGCCGCCGCCCGGGCCGUGCUGGAAGUGGCGGCCCCGGGCUCCCGACCGCUGCGGCUGCUGGAGUGGAGCGUGAGGGUGGGCUGGCCGGUGCAGAUCGGCACGGUGCUGGCUCACUGCCUCCCCGUGGAGCCGGAGAGCGGCGCCGAGCGCGAAAGGCCCCGGUCUCGGCCGCAGGAGAAGCGCGUGAAGUCGGACCGGGCCGGGGUGGUUAAGGAGCUGUGCUGGCAGCCGGGCCAAGUGGUGCCCAGCGGAAGUGUACUGGUACGGCUUGAGGGAUGCAGUCACCCCAUCGUUAUGAAAGGCCUCUGCGCAGCCUGUGGUCAAGACUUGACACAAUUACAGAAGAAGAAUGGGAAGCAGAUGGUGCCCCUGUCCACAGCCACUGUUUCGAUGGUGCACAGUGUUCCAGAGCUGAUGGUCAGCUCUGAGCAAGCUGAACAAUUGGGUCGAGAGGAUCAGCAGUGGUUACAUAAAAACCGAAAAUUAGUUUUGAUGGUGGAUCUGGACCAGACUUUAAUCCACACGACUGAGCAGUUGUGCCAAAAGAUGUCCAAUAAGGGAAUAUUCCAUUUCCAACUGGGCCGGGGAGAGCCAAUGCUACACACUCGACUACGACCUCACUGUAAAGAGUUUCUCGAAAAAAUAGCGAAACUCUACGAGCUGCAUGUGUUCACCUUUGGCAGCAGGCUUUAUGCACACACAAUUGCAGGAUUUCUGGAUCCAGAAAAGAAGCUUUUCUCACAUCGGAUUUUAUCAAGAGAUGAGUGUAUUGAUCCAUAUUCGAAAACUGGAAAUCUACGAAAUCUCUUUCCAUGUGGUGACUCAAUGGUUUGCAUCAUUGAUGAUCGUGAAGAUGUUUGGAAGUUCGCACCAAAUUUAAUAGCAGUGAAAAAGUACACCUACUUUCAAGGGACUGGGGAUAUAAAUGCCCCACCAGGGUCAAGGGAUGCUCAGCCGAGAAAAAGGGUAAAUCAUUCCUCAAAGCCCACAGAAGAGACGGAACGGCCGGCGUCCACUUCCACCGACACGGCCGGCACAAGCGACAGGUGUAGUGAAGCGCCCGAGGCAAAGGAGCACAGUAACGGUCUUGGGGAAUAUUCGAAGAAACAAAAUGGCAGCAGCGGAGUUCUGAGCGAAGAAGCUUUGAAAUGUGCUGAACCUUUAAAGUGCAGUCCUAGCGCAAAGGAUUCACAGGACAAAGCGAAUGAGAGGAAACCUUUAUGCGAUGCCAUUGUUUCUCACGCACAAACUGCUGUUGCUGACGCUCCUGUGAAAGCGGACGAAUCAGAACACUCGCUUGAGUGUGGCGUUGUGGCGACGGAGGGUAACUUGGAACAAUGCAGCAGGGAAGGUGAAGGUCAGUUAACUCAGGCCAGUCGUGAGCUUGACUUUGAUUUGUCAAGUGACAGCGAUAGUGAGUCACAGGAGGGAAAAAGAGACUCCGCGUCACCCUCGCCUACCUCGAGCUUAGAGGCUGAGAAAGAGCAAAGGAGCUUGCCUGAGAAGAAGCCGAGGAAACAGCGAAAAGGGGGACCCGGGCAAGCGGAAACGAAACUCAACCACUCGGAGAAGGAGAAGGUGGGGGAUUUACUAGAGUCCGAAACGCAGGAUAAAAGCGCUGACCAGGGACCCGAGGGGGACGAUGAUCAGGACUCACUGGGUGAUGUCGGGAAUGGCUGCACUGAUAAGAAAGAGGCUGAAACCGAGUCUCAAAAUAGCGAACAGUCGGGAGUAACAAUGGGCGAGUCUCUGGACCAGAGCAUGGACGUGGAGGAGGAGGAGGACCAAGACGAAGAUGACCAUUUGAUGUACUUGGAAACCAUCCUGGUCCACGUCCACACUGAGUAUUUUGCCCAGUAUGAGAAAUACCUUAAAAAAGAGAGACAAGUGCCUGACCUGCGAAAGAUUGUUCCAGAACUGAAGAGCAAGGCACUGGAAGGCACAACGAUAAUAUUCAGUGGACUCUACCCCACAAACUACCCAAUAGAAAAGACAAGAGAGUGGUAUCAUGCCACGGCACUUGGAGCCAAGGUUAAAAAAACCUUAUGUUUAAAUCCCAAAGAUCCCAACAGGACAACUCACUUAAUUGCAGCUCGACCUGGGACGGAAAAAGUUCGGCAAGCGCAAGCAUGUAAACAUCUCCACGUGGUAAAUCCAGACUGGUUAUGGAGCUCUCUAGAACGAUGGGAAAGAGUUGAUGAAAAGUUAUUCCCAUUGAAAGAAGACUACAUCAAAACGCAAAGAACCAACAGCCCUGCCAGUUUCCCUGAAGUCCAAGGUGGUCUGCAAACACCACUGUUUCAUCCAACUCCCAUUCAUCCGAAGGCUCAGCCUGGACCUGAAGUCCGCAUUUAUGAUCCCAACACAGGAAAGCUCAUCCGGAAAGAUUCUCAGGGGAACCGGCAAUCCGUGUGUAUCCAACCUCCAGCUCCACCGGUUACGUUAUCCGUUCAUGGAGAACAGUCGUCAUUCAGAUUCUUUUUUGAAAAAGGCGAUUCUCUUUAAGACUUGCAUAAGGACUGUGCCAUUGUACAGGAACAUGUUUUAACUCCCCCUGGAUACGAAAGUUGAGGGAAGUUGGUACACGUACUUUCUUCAUUGCUUCGACAAUUCCUAUAAAUGGCUGAAAAACGCAUUGGACCCCUGCCAGACAUCACAGAUGACUUCCUCUCCCUGGUGCUGGGGGUGUUGAUUUGAAUGACCUCCUUUUAUGCUGUAAUUUCUAUUAUUUAUGAAACCUGUGGUUUCUGAAAAUGAAUGUGAUAAAAACGUGCCUGUAUCCUUCAUGAUUUUUAUCUUUUUUUUGAAAAUAGUCGUGAUGGUCUCUGUGGUGGCGCAAUUUAAAAAAAAAAGUGCUGCUUUAAAUUGGAGUUUUUAAAAUGGCCCAUUUAGAUGCCUUAAUACUUUAGCCAUCAGUCUGAGACAGCAGUAGCAAUUAGUUUAUAUAAUAGCUAUCGCACACUUUCUGUUCUUAAUUGAAGUCUAAAAUAUCACUUGCUGUGUUAUUGGUAACCACGUUCUCUUUUAAUUGGUGUAUUAUAUACCACACCACACAUUAUUCUUUUAGUUAUAUUGUAUGCUAUAUCACAAAUCUGAUUAUUUUAAUUGGAGGAGAUAUGGGUGGCUAUUUGUCCAGGCUAAAGGCUAGCCUCGGACUCAUUGACAAGUUGCCUAAAUUUAUGACCCUCUUAAAUUGGUGAAUAAUACUUUUCUGAAUUGAUUAAACUUUAGUGUGCUGACCUAGGAAGUGGAAACGCUCAGAAGUCAUGGAGCAUUGGAACUCAUUGUGAAUUGGGGUUUCUUGGCUACAUGUUUCAGGAUUGUUGAGGCUACAUUAUCAAACUUUAAUUAGUUUGAUCAUGUAUAGAAUGUUGAAUGAUCCUAACUAAAGCAGAAAGAUGCUCAAAAUGCCUAUUGAAAUAAACGUGAGAUUUUAUGCUGCUCUAGGCAAAUGUUUCUCUCACCUUCCUGGUGUGAUUCUGUCAUGUUUCUGUUAAUUUUAGAAUCCAUCUUUUGUGCAUUAGACCACAAGUAAGUUAUGGGUUACUUAGGAAUGUGAAGAACAGAAUCUAUGCCUGGUCUUGGCACUUAAUAGAUAAGAGAUCAAUUUAAAAAUAGAGCGGGGAAGAAAAAAACCUUCUUGCAAAUGAAAAAUGUUCAGUGAAGCAGAAAACCUGUUAGUAGAUCAGUGAUAUUGUAGUUUUGAAUCGGUCGUUUGAAUGGAAUGAAUUCCAACCUGGACUCUUAUCGCUUGAAAUUAAAGAGCAGUGGCCAGAUUUAUGUACCAAAUUAAUCAGAAAAUAGCUGAUCUUAGUUGGGCCAGAUUCUGCUAACUUGUCCUUUGCUAAUGUUUUUUGUUUGACAGCUGAUUCACGCCCCAUUCAGCACUGCUUCCCUCUAAUUUGACACGGUAUUGUACUAUUUCUCUAUUGCAUGCUGCAGCCACCUUGCAGUACCACGUUGACCUAAAUAUGUCAAUUGAGUAGCUUUUGAAUCCAAGAAUAUUUAAUUCUCCAGAGCUGCUAAUGAUUUUUGACACAGAUCUUGCUGUAUUUGGUUCCUGGAACUGUGCUUGCUGAGAUACAGUGGUUCCUGGUCCGACAAUGCCACAAUUUUAAAAUUCUCAUCCUUGUCUUCAAAUCCCUUGAUGGCCUUCUCCCCUUCCUAUCUCUGUAACCUCCCCUCAGACCUACGAUUGUCCCAGAUCUCUGUGGUCCUUCAACUCUGGCCUCUUGAAUAGCCCUCAGCUUCCAACGCUCCACCAGCUGCCAAUGCCCUAAACUCUGGAAUUCCUUCUUUAAACCCCUCCACCCUCUGUUAAGCCGCUCCUUCAACCCUAUUUCUUUGAUAAAGGUUUUGGUCUUUUUCUUGUGGCUUGCUGUCAUUUCCUAGGCACAGUUUCUUAAUAAGUCAAUGUCAGUAUAGUUUAAAUGCUAGUAAGGGUAUGAAUGAAGUUUGCUCAUCGUAGAAUCAUAAAAAGGUCACCGCAGAAGAGGGAGACAUUUGGCCCUAUUGUGCCUGUUUCUGCACCUGGUUAAUGGACUUACAGCAAUUUGUAAAGCCUGCAAUUAUUGAUUGUAGUCUGUACAGUUCCUACAUUGCAGCUCUCGCAGUAAUUUAGAGUAUUAAUUGCAUUAAAAGUAUGAUAGUACCAACCUAGUACUUUACCCAUAUUCUGUUCUACUAUUACUGAAAUAAAGCAUUCAGAUACAUUAAA